UCUGUUCACGCGACGCUUUAACAGCGUUUUGCAAACAACACAUUUUCCAAUAUCGCUGAAAGACCCAUAAACGUUUAGUUCUUUAAUACCUGCGGAAUCUUUACAUUUUUCACGUGAUUUUAUUCAUACAUUAACAUGAUGCAUUCAAAGCCCCUAAUGCGUUAAAACAGUGGCCCAAUAUUGCUUUAUUUUUGCAUCCAAGCGACGCGUCACACACAAGGAGCGGCGGCGGUGCCCAGCGCGAGCCGGUUACGCGCCCUAAUCUGGAUAAACCCAUCAACAACCUCAAUGAUCUUUUAGACCAGAAGCCGCGUGAUGACUAAAACGCCCGGUACCCCUGCCCCCUGCGUGGGUAUGGGUGAAACCCAGCACAGCCACCCAGAAGACCAGCUCUCCAGGCGCGCUCGUGUCGCUGUCCCCGAGCUGGUUGUGACCUGCGAGUGCGAGCAGAGCCCCCGCGGACCCUGCUCCUGCUCCCAUCGCCACCCCGACGAGGAGUCCAUCUGCUCGGACAGCGGACUCAGCGGCUCCCCCGCCUCGUCCCUGGCGCUCAGAAAACUCUCCAACUCGUCCUCAAGCGGCCUCUCGCCGGCUUCAUCUUUUGACGAAUGCGAAGAGGAUUUGCUGGGUUUCGCUGACUUUAAUCAGUCUCCAGGUGAAGCACUCACGACUGACCUGUGGAAGAAGUCCAAGAAUAUGGUGAACUGGUCUCCUCCUCCAGAGACGGUGAAAAAACGCUCUCCAUGGGUGCAAGUGGUCGGCCAUGCAGGAAACUUUCAGACGGACAGCGAUGGAAGGCUGCUGAAGAAGUACUGCGAGUCUGAACAGCAGUGUUUUCUGCAGCUCAUGAGCGACUCGCUGCGGCCCUUUGUUCCGGGAUACUACGGCGUGACUCAGCGGGAUGAGCAGGAUUACAACCUCAUGGAUGACCUGCUGGCCGACUUUGACUCUCCCUGCAUCAUGGACUGCAAAAUGGGAAGCAGGACGUACCUGGAGGAAGAGUUAAAGAAGGCCCGUGAGUGUCCUCAGCCGCGCAAAGACAUGUAUGAGAAGAUGAUUGCUGUGGAUCCCAAAGCCCCGACCGAGGAAGAGCGGCUCCAGCAGGCAGUGCUGAAGACCAGAUACAUGCAGUGGAGAGAAACCCUCAGCUCAACUGCCACGCUGGGCUUUCGCAUUGAGGGCAUCAAGAAGUCAGACGGCACUUGUAACACCAACUUCAAGAGAACAAAGUGCAAAGAUGAAGUGGUCCAAGCUUUGGAGGACUUUGUGGACAGCAACAUGUUAAUCCUGAGAAGCUACCAACAGCGUCUGAAGGAACUUAGAGACAUACUGGAAAAAUCAGACUUCUUCAAAGCACAUGAGGUGGUGGGCAGCUCUUUAUUAUUCGUCCAUGACGUGACUGGCAAGGCUGGCAUCUGGAUGAUAGACUUUGGAAAGACUGUGCCCAUGACGCCACCUCUCACGCUGGACCACCGCAGCCCAUGGCUGGAGGGCAACCGGGAGGACGGAUACCUCUGGGGCCUGGACAAUUUCAUUGACAUUCUGACCACCAUGCUUCAGGAGAAGUGAAAGCCAUCGUGGAUCUUCAGAAUUGUCCGAUUCUCCAGUAUGUUUGCUCUACAUGGACAGUAGGUGAAGGCGGUUAAGUGCGGUUAAAGUUCUACUGAUGAACAUCUGAGCCUAUGAAUUUACCUGCUGAUGUUGUAAGCCAUUCGCUAUUUAAUCCUUUUCAACACUUUGGAAAAGCUGUAUGUAUUUUUACACUGUAAAUAGACUUUUAUUUAAGCGGUUUGCUCUUAGUGGUUGACGAAUGAAAGAUUAGCUUAGUUUUAUGAACAUUAACCAUGCAAAGGAAAAUCAUUACAGCUGUGAUGUUUGGCGACAGUUCUGUCAUCGUUUACUCACCCUCACGUCUUUCCAAAUAUGCAAGACAUCAAACAUAAUCAAGAUAUUUUUAAUCAAAGCAAUGGAGGGAUUUCUCUCCCCCUUUAAAAAUCUAUUCACCCAAAACUAAUGCUUGUAAAGAGACAUAAACUACUGAAUAAAAGAAGUGAAACCAUAACAAAUGAGACACCGUUACUUUAUAUAACAAAAGGGUAUUAUUUAGAGUGUCAUUCACAUAAACAUUGAUCGAGGUUGAAGCUCAAACAUGACCGACAAGAAUGAACAUCAUUGGUUUCCUACAUCAGGUAAACAUGUUUCAGCUUCCAUGACCACAUUUAAACAGGAUAAAUUUAAGGCAUGGUUCACCAAAAAUGAAUAUUCGGGCAUUUACUCAUAUUUGUUUUAAACCUUCAUGAAUUUCUUUCUUCUGUUGAACACAAAAGAAGGUAUUAAAGAAAGCUGGAAACUUGUAACCAUUGACUUACAUAGUGUUUUUCCUGCUAUGGAAGUCAAUGGUAAUGGUUUUCGGCUUUGUUCAAAUACUCAUAAAGGUUUGGAACCACCCUAGGGUAAGUAAAUUGUGAGUAAAUUUUCAAGUGAUUGUAUCUCUUCAGAAAACUUGGGUUAUACCAGUUUAUUCUUAUGGAAACAAACAUGGUGAUUUGUUUCUCUUUUGAGGGAAAGAAAUCUCUCAGAUUCAGUGAAAAUAUCUUCAUUUGUGUUCCUGAGAUGUCUUCUAUUCUGAAGUCUUAUGGGUUUGAAAUAAACGAUGACGGAAUUUUCAUAUUAGAGUGAGCUAACCAAUUAAGUUCCUCAAUUACUAAAGAAAGUCUGGACCAUCCUUAUUUUUGCGAUUGCUGCCAGAUAUUUGUUUCUUCUCAGUUUUAUUCUAUAUGUGUGACCAAAUGACUCUAAUUUGGGUGGGAUCUGAAAUUGAUCUGAAGUGCGCACUACUAACAGUCUUAAAAACUGAAGCUGAAUCGCAGGACAACAAAGACCUCUUUCGCAGUACUGAUUUAAUACCAUUGUGUAGCUCUUAAAGUAAGGAAAACACGAUUGAAUGUUUUGAUUCACAUCAAGCACAGUGAGUUAUGCUUCACAUUCCUAUGUUGUGUGGUUUUUGCAUGCAGGCAUGAGCUGCUCAAGGUGAAUACAGGAUGUCAUUCAUUAAACCUUUAAACAGCUCCUGUUAAUAGCAAAUCGAUGACUGCCAGUUGAGAAUGGUGGCUGGGAUUUUAUGAGCCAGUACUCCUUAUGCACAAAUACAUUGUUAGUUUGAUCUCACGUUAUUGAGGUUUUGUAUUGUAUAUAAUAAUGAGUAGUACUCAACUUGUAAUCAUUAUGUUGGGAGCUUUUAUGUCUUGGUUGGAUCUGUUUUGCUGUUAGUUUUUGGGUUGCUGUGGUAACUACAGAAUCUUUUCUCCAAACUGGGUAAUUUUGUGUGGCUGUCAGCACAAUAAACAUGAACAUGCUGUCA